CUUUAUUGGAAUAUCUUCACAAUUAUCAAGAAUAUUUACGGUCAUUUAUUUAUUUUUUUCUUUACAAAUCAAUUUCGUUUUCGUCACAAAUACUAAUUUAAUUUCAAAAAGGACGAGCAUAUUAUUAUAUCAAAAGUAAAACGUUAAAACUUUGUACAACUAUUUAUUCAUUGAUUACAACGCAAGGAAGUUGCGUAGGACAAAGGGCUAAAAAUUAGUAAAUAGCUAUUAUGAAUUUGGUAUUACAAAUUGAAAAAAAAAUUGUAAUUAGGAAUUAAAAAGGAGAAAUCAAAUCUUAAAUGGAAAUUUGAUAGUGAUUUUAACAACAAGAGUGAGGAAAUCAAGAAGAAAUUAAUUAAAAUAUAGAAAUAUAUUCCUUUAAGAGUCUUAAUAACCUAGAAAUAUUUUGGGCAAAGAUUUAAUAAAAUGUAAUUUUAUGCAUAAUCUUCAUGUUAUCAAAAUCAAUGCCCCGAAAAGAUAUACAAUGAAAUUUUGGAAAGCUUAAUUGGUAAAGAACAAAAUAAUAUAGUGUUCAAUUAAAUAAAAUACAAUACGAAAAGUGAUAUUAGAUGACCUAAAUUGUACAUGAUAAUUUCAUAGUUUGAAAUAAAUAAAAAAAACUCAACAAGCUUAGAAGAAAAGUUGUAGAAUACUAAAAUUAAGACGUACACACAUUAGGAACUCCGAGAAUGUACAUUUACUAGAAUACAUUUGUAUGUAUUUUACUGCACAUAAUGUGUUUCAUAAAAUCAUAACGAAUAAUGUGUUCGUAAGCAAAAUAGCUAUACAUAUGUUUUUCAUAAAAAAAUUAUCAAAAUUUAUAAAAAUUUAUGAAGUAGGAUUUGGAAUCGGAAAGAUAUAUAUAAAAUUAUAAAAAUUUUGAUUUGCAAAUUUCGUAAUUUGAUUUCGAAAUUAUUAUUUAAUGAACAAUAUUGAACAGUUCAAACUUAAAGGUUGUGUUUUAUUGAAAAAUAAGCAAAUCAACAUAAUAUACAAAAAGCAUAAUAAAUGUAGCCACAGCAGUUUCUACAUUACUGAAAUAUUUAUAAAAAAUCCUUAAACAAAAAUAGCAAGCGAAGAUUGAGAAUCGCACAAGGCGUAUGAAAAACAAACAAAAGACAAGCGUAAUUUAAUUUGAAGAAAUUAAAUUUUAUUCAAAAAAAAACAAACACAUUGAAUUACAAACCAAGCAACAACAAGAAAAAUAAAUAGAGAAUGAAAAAAAACUUUUGUUGAUUUGGAUAUAACACCAUCUACAGCUCGUAAUCCAACUAUCUCCAUUUUAUUUAACAAAUCUUCCAUAUAAACCUAUGCAUAAUCAACCUUUCUUUGAUUUUUGGAAUCAGAAUCAUUAUCAUCAUUUAGUUCUAUAACAUUAAUGAUACCAUAACAUUAAAUAAAAUUAAAUACAUAAUUGUAUGUUAUAAUGCUACAUGCAUAGUAGAAUAUAGUGUUUAAUAAAGAAAUCAAAAUUACAUACUAAAUGUUAAUAAAACAAAAAAAAGGGAAAGCAAACAAGAUAAAUUGAGAAUAUAAAAGACUAAAGGAGCAAAAUUUAAUUGCAAACAAUAUGAACAAAAACUUCAUCCAAAAUAAUUAAGCAAUUCCCUAUGACGUAGAAAAUAUGUAAAUACAUGUGAAAAUAAGGGCGAAAAUAAGAUAUUCCAAGAAAACAAGUAGCUACACUACUAAAAACUUCUAUUUUUAUAGAACAAUAAUAAUAGUAUUGCAAAUAAUAUUCGACCACAACUGUUUAUACUCAGUUGUAAGUGUAGUUAGAUAGUAUAAAACCAUUCUAUGUGAACAAAAAUUAAAAAUACAUUAAAAAAAAUAUAUAAAUUGCGGGUAGAAAAGAAAAUAGGGAAAUAAUACUACAUCACUCAGUAUGUCACAGUUUUUUCAACCAUUUGCGUAAAAAAGAGAAAAAGGAGAAAAAUAAAAGGAUUAAAUAUUUACUUGAAACAAACGGAUCAACUUCAAAAAACUUUAUGAGCUACCACACUGAAUUUUACCCAACCAAACGAAUGUUAUUAUUGCUACUCUAAAUCGCAUAGACAAAACUGAAAAUAUAAAUUCUCCAUUGUUUCAAAUUUACAAUUCAAAAUUACAAAACUUUAUUUAUAUAAUACAUCUAUUAAAUAAAAUGAACUAUAUAAAAAAUAUAUACUUAGUAAAUGGAAUUAAUAAUCAUUUCCAUUAUCAACACCACCACCAUCAUCAUAGUCAACAUCAUCAUCAGAAUCCUAAUUAUCAACAACUGAAUAGUAACAAAAUUUUUUAUUUACUUGUCAUGUUAUUGACAUUGAUGAUAAAUUUACAAGAUAAAUUAACAUUAGCAUGUCCAUCGGAUGUUUGUAUAUGCAAAUGGAAAGGUGGUAAACAAACAGUUGAGUGCGGUGGUCAAAUGUUAAGUAAAAUACCAGAAGGUAUGGAUCCUGGUACGCAGGUAUUAAAUUUUUCUGGUAAUCUGUUACAAGUAUUACAAAGUGAACGUUUUUUACGUAUGGAUCUAAUAAAUUUACAAAAAAUUUAUUUAUCAAGAAAUCAAUUAAUUAAAAUUCAUGAAAAAGCAUUUCGUGGUCUAUCAAAUUUAGUUGAAUUAGAUUUAUCUGAUAAUAUGCUACAGCAUAUACCAACUGAAACAUUUCAAGACUAUACAUCAUUAAUGCGUUUAUCGUUGAGUGGUAAUCCUAUACGUGAGUUAAAAACAGCUAGUUUUCGUCAUUUAUCAUUUUUAACAACAUUAGAAUUAAGUAAUUGUCAUAUUGAACGUAUUGAAAAUGAAGCAUUUAUUGGUAUGGAUAAUUUGGAGUGGUUACGUUUAGAUGGUAAUCGAAUCCAGUAUAUACAAGGAGCUCACGUUUUACCAAAAUCCUUACAUGGUAUUAGUUUACAAUCAAACCGAUGGCAAUGUGAUUGUCGUUUAAUUGAUAUACAUGCGUGGUUAGUAAAUUACAAUACACCACAAACAGAAGAACCAAGAUGUUUAGAGCCAAUACGUUUAAAGGGCCAACAAAUUAAAUCAUUAAAAAAGGAUGAAUUAGCUUGCUUACCAGAAGUUCAACCAAAAUCAACGUAUACUGAGGUUGCGGAAGGUAGAAACAUAUCAAUACAAUGUACUGUUAGAGCUAUACCAGAACCAAAAGUGUUAUGGCUAUUUAAUGGGCAAGUGUUAACCAAUGAAACAAUUAUGGAUAAUUUACAUAUGUACUAUUACAUUGAUGAAGGUACUGGCUCAGCUGGCGAAGAAAAACGUAGCGAGGUUUUUAUAUAUAACGUUGGACCUGAAGAUAACGGAACAUUUUCAUGUAUUGGUCAAAAUACAGCUGGUACAACUUUUAGUAAUUAUACGUUGCGCGUUAUUAUUAAAGAGCCACCAGUUGUUAAGGAAGUUUCAUUUGCAAAAGAUUAUAUGAAUUAUAUUAUGAUAUCCGGUGGUGGAGCAGGUUGUUUAUUUGUUCUCUUAGUUUGUACGAUAGCUCUUAAGUGUAGUUGUAGAAGUAAACAACCGUCUAGAAGCACAAAAAAUAUUAAACAGGACACUAGUAGUAACGAAAUUGGUUUAUUAAAAUGUCCUUCAAUAAUUAAUGAGGAAGAUAUGUCACCUAAGUCGACAAAAGAGAAUGGAAUUAUAUUAGCUGGUGGAAAUUGUAGCAUAGGUCACCCCAGUAGUUUAGGGAUAUCAAACGGGGCUAGUGGUCAAAUGAAACAAGGUUUUAUGAUGUAUGUUCCAUCUUUACAACAAGGUCAUAUUAUGGAUAAUGCAAGUAUGCAAAUAAAUGAAUCAAGUGCACCAACUCCUCCUUUAGUUGACACAGCAUUCGAAGGUAUAGCUUUACAAGGUCAGUAUUGUAGCCCACCCGGUUCUGUAAUGCGUAACUAUGCAGAUAAGAACCCAGAUUUAGUAAACGAUGCUGAAAGCGUAAAGAACAAAUUUGUGAAGCAAGACAGUGAAUAUGAUGGAUCAGAAUGUUCGGCAGCAACUGCACCUUGCAAUCUGCAAAACGCUGGAGGUGGUACUAGUAUAGGACCAGGUAUUGCGACAACUCUACAAAGUUCACAAAAUUUUGAAUAUCAAUUAGCUAAUCAGUUUGGUUCACAAAUAAUAAGACCACAAUCUGGUCAGAGAAUUGCAGCAAUGUCAACAUUACCACGUGGAAUGCAUUUAAAAUCCUUAUCCAAUAAUAGCGUUGGUGGAGGCCAACACCAAGUAGAUGUUCAUUUAAACCCCGUAUGCUUUUUAAGCCAAGAUGGAAGUGGUUAUGCAUCAUACGAAAUAAGUAACAAUAGUCCAAAUAUGCAAAAUGCUAUCCAACAACAACAACAACAACAGCAACAGCAGCAAAACUUUUAUAGAACUUUACCUCAUAACCGCGGUGGUCAUAAUAAUAAAUUUAAUGUAUCGGCAGCAAAUCCGGGUACUCGAUAUAGUUUGGAAGCCGAAUUUCUACAGCGUUCGAACAAUGGAACACAACCAUCAUCACCUUAUGAUAAAUAUACUGUUCCAAGUAUGAGAUUUACAGCUGAAGGAUAUCCAAUACAUCAGCAGCAACAACAGCAUCCAGCAGCUGCAAUUGCUGCUAUUGUGCAGUAUCCUUCUCCGCCAGAAGGCUACAAAGGUGGAAUUGUUGAUUAUAAAGAAAGUGGGCAAACGCUAUGUCCUGUUACGUCAGCAAGUUUCCAGCAAUGGCCUCCAUGUUUGCCAGGUUAUCAUGUACAGCCAAUAAGAUAUACGACAGCACCAAUUGUAGUUCCUUCACCUACAACAAAUUUGUAUGGAAGUAAUAGCAGUGUCAAUAGUAGUACCCAACAACAGCAAUCAUCCCAGACAAUACAAUCAUCGGUAUUAGGAACAUCAAUAAAUAGUAACAACAUAAAUAGCAGUAAUAAUAAUAUAAGUGGCAGUAGCAAUAAUAGCAGCAGCAGUAGUACACAAACGCCAUCAUCAAAUUCAAUUGGAAUUAAUGAAGUUAAAAAACGUUGUGUUGGUGCUCAAACCACUGAAUUGGAGCCAUCAACAAUACCAGAAUGUGAUGAAGAACAAGAACUUUUGCAAUCAACAACAACUGGAGCAUCAUCAAUGCAUUCACAUCAGUCAACAUCAUCAUCCUCAUCAAAAUUACGUCACUUAAAUGGUCCGUUAGCUGAUAGUCCAGAUGAAGGGUAUGUCGGUGAUUCACAAGAUACUUGUUCGGAUAUAUGACAUUCAAAGGAUUCAGAUACAAAUAGUAUAUCAAAUGUAGUUAGUCAUCAUGGUGGCUAUCGCAGCGCCGAUUCUUUAGAUGAUUCAGUAGCACUGUAAAAAAUAAAGGUAGGUAUAAAUAUAUUAUUAUCAUUAUAAGUGUAAUUAAAAUAAAAUUAAAUAAAUAAAAGAAAAUUGAAAUAAAAAUUAAUGUUAUAAUUUAUACCUAGUUAAUUAAAUACUCACAUACACAAAAAAGGCAGUCUAAUUAGUUAUUAAUAUUAGUUUAUUUAAAUAAGAAUAUAAAUUGAAUUGUACAUAAAUAUAUUACAUAAUAAUUUCUAUAUUAAACUAGUUUUAUAA